AUGAAGUCUUCAACUAGUGCUUGGGUGUUCUUAGCCCUGCUUUUCGUUCAAUGGGCUUCGGCCGAGCUUGUUUACUUUUCCAUUUGUCUCACUUGGGCCAAAAGAGAAGUUGCGGGCUUCACCAGAGACGUAAUUCUGGUCAAUGAUCAAUACCCGGGGCCUCCAUUGAAUCUAGUGGAAGGCGAUGAAGUCAUUUUUGACGUGCAAAAUGACUGUCCAUUCAACGUUACCGUGCACUUUCAUGGCAUUGAACAGCUCAAUACACCUUGGUCAGAUGGCGUCCCUGGCUUGAGCCAACGACCAAUAGACGAAGGGCAUUCCUUUCGCUAUCGAUGGACCGCACAUCAGUACGGUUCAUACUUCUAUCACGCACACCAUCGUGGCCAGCUUGAAGAUGGUCUUUACGGACCUAUUUAUAUUAAACCGUCGAACUCUGAAGAAAGGCCCUUCAGCAUGAUUACCACCAAGUCCUCUGAGCUUCAAGCAAUGCUUGUUGCAGAGAAAAAGACCUCGCCAGUUAUUUUGUCUGACUGGCGUCUCUUAACAUCAGAACAAAUCUGGGCGGCCGAAGAAGCGUCCGGUGUUGAUUCAUUCUGUGCGAAUGCGCUUUUGAUCAAUGGGAAAGGCUCCGUGAACUGUUUUACGGCUACAGAGCUCGAUGCGCUAACUACUGACAACCAGAGAGCAGUCUUGGGUAAUCAAUCCCUGACGGACAUUGGAUGCUUUCCACCAGAUAACGUUCCCACUCAAGGCAAUUACACGCAUGAUUUGAGCAAGCUCCUACCAACCAUGUUCUAUGGGUGCACGCCAUCCCACAGCCCCCACGAAGUCUUUACCGUCAACGCCAACGACAAAUACGUCAGCUGGGACUUGAUCAGCGCAGCAGGAAUCUUAGACCUGAUAUUCUCCGUGGACGAACAUGACAUGUACGUAUACGCCGUCGACGGCCGCUAUAUCCAACCCGUCAGUGUAAACGCCAUCAGCCUCGCCUCUGCAACUCGCUAUUCAGUACUAGUUCCCCUUAAUCAAAUCCCGGGUGACUAUACAGUCCGCAUGGUCAGCGGCGCAGCACAACAAACCAUGAAUACAACAGCCACGAUGCACUAUAAGGGUAAAUCUCAACUAAAUCGACCUUCUAACCCCUGGAUCACAAUACCAGGCACGAAUGCGACUGCUGACACCGUCUUCCUGGACGAUACAACUCUGAUCCCGUUCCCGGUUAUCUCGCCCGCUUCUAUAGCAGAUGAGACCUUUAAACUGUACAUCGAUCACUACAACGCAUCUUAUCUAUGGACAUUGGGGAAUUCGAGUUUCAACCUUGAACUUGAAGAGUCCCAGCCUCUCCUCUUUAAUCAGACCUCGAUCCCAAGUGACCUGAUAAUCAGAACCAAAAACGGGUCUUGGGUUGAUCUCAUUAUUCAAGUUGGAACGCCGCUUCAGCCUUCUCACCCGAUCCACAAGCACUCCAAUAAACAUUUUGUUAUUGGGCGAGGGAAUGGCACUUUCACCUGGGAUACCGUCGCGGAGGCUAUGCUUGAGACUCCUAGUUCGUUUAAUUUGGUUAAUCCGCUCAUCAGAGAUACGUCGAUCACGCCUCUUAAUAUUGUGCCCACGUGGCUGGUGCUGCGGUAUCAAGUUGUCAAUCCUGGAGCGUUCUUGCUGCAUUGUCAUAUUCAGGUUCAUCAGAGUGGAGGGAUGGCUUUGGCAAUUUUGGAUGGGGUUGAUGCUUGGCCGACUAUUCCGCCUGCUUACCUGUAUGACUCGGGUUUUUGA